CGGCCAGCCGCUCCUGCUCCGGCCAUGGCGCCCGCCUCGCUGCUGCGCCCGCUGCUGCGCUGCAAAAACUGCCUCAUCCUGCUGGGCGCGCCCCUCGCCUUCCUGCCGCUCCCACUGCUCGUGCCCACCCCGGAGGCCCGAUGUGGCUACGUCAUCAUUAUUAUGGCUGCGUAUUGGUGCACAGAGGUAAUCCCUUUGGCAGUCACGGCGCUGCUGCCUGCUGUCUUGUUUCCGAUGUUCGGCAUCCUGGAAUCCAAAAAGGUGUGUAUGCAGUACCUGAAGGAUACAAACAUGCUUUUUGUCGGGGGUCUGAUUGUGGCUGUGGCGGUGGAGCACUGGAACCUUCACAAACGGAUUGCGCUGAGGGUGCUGCUGACUGUCGGCGUGAAACCUGCUCUCUUGAUGUUUGGCUUCAUGGGGGUGACGGCUUUCCUGUCCAUGUGGAUCAGCAACACGGCAACGACGGCUAUGAUGGUACCCAUCGUACAGGCGGUUCUAGAUCAGAUGAACAGCUCUGAGCAGGACGCAACAUUCCCGGAGCCCACUGUGGCACACAUCAACCCAAGCAGUGAACCAGAAAAGAAAACCACUGUGGCCGUGGUACCCAUGCAAGUCAUAGGCAAUGGGUACCUUCAUGACCACACCAAAGAGGAAGAUGAGCGAACAAAGAAAUUGAUCAAUAAGGGGAUGACGCUGUGCGUGUGCUACGCCGCAAGCAUUGGCGGGACGGCAACUCUGACCGGGACGGGGCCGAAUCUGGUUCUCAAAGGCCAGAUGAACCAAUUGUUCCCUGAUAAUGGCGACAUCUUGAACUUUGCCUCUUGGUUUGGCUUUGCUUUCCCCAACAUGCUCCUGAUGUUGAUAUUGGCUUGGUUCUGGCUCCAGUUUUCCUUCAUGGGAUUCAAUUUUAGGAAGACCUGGGGCUGCGGAACUCAACGGACCGAGAAGGAGAAGGCUGCCCUCAACGUGUUGAAGGCUGAGCACAGCAAGCUAGGCCCCAUCUCCUUUGCGGAGUUCAACGUGCUCCUGCUCUUCACGUUGUUGGUCAUCCUCUGGUUUACGAGAGAUCCCGGCUUUGUGCCAGGCUGGGCCACCAUCGCCUUCAAUAAAGACACGGAAUAUGUGACAGAUGCCACAGUGGCUAUCUUCGUUGCCGUGCUGCUGUUUAUCGUGCCCAGUGCCAAGCCCAGAUGUUUUGGCAGUCAAAGAAGCUGUGAUCUAGAAGAGGCGAAAGAAGUGCUGAAGGAGCCGUUUCUCCCAGCCCCAUUGCUGAACUGGAAGGUGGUACAGAAGAAGAUGCCCUGGAGUAUCGUGUUGCUGCUAGGGGGAGGCUUCGCCCUGGCCCACGGGAGUGAAGCUUCAGGGCUGUCCAAAUGGCUGGGGAACCAGAUGACUCCACUGCACACAAUCCCUCCUUGGUCCAUUUCCAUCAUCCUCUCUCUUGUCAUUGCUGUCUUCACCGAAUGCACCAGCAACGUGGCCACAGCAACCCUCUUCUUGCCUGUUUUUGCAUCUUUGUCCCAGUCAAUUGAAAUCAACCCUCUCUACAUCAUGAUCCCUUGCACACUCAGUUCUUCCUUUGCCUUCAUGCUUCCAGUGGCCACCCCUCCGAAUGCCAUCGUCUUUUCAUACGGCCACCUCCGCGUCUCGGACAUGGCAAAGACUGGAGUUAUGAUGAACAUCAUUGGAGUUCUGUGCAUAACUCUGGCCAUUAACAGCUGGGGCCGGGCUAUGUUCCACCUGGACACGUUUCCAUCCUGGGCAAAUGCCACAAUGGGGUAACGAAGACCAAGACUGGAUCAACUUACGGCAGUGGAACUUCUUGCCCCUUUGCCUUAUUGCCCUGAGCCUUUUCUGAAGCCCUUUGUCUACCCUUUGGGGUGGGCACCUGUUUCCCAUUGUGGCAGACCCGCUGGAGGUUAUUCUACCUGAGCCUAAGCCACAUGUGCUGCUUUGCUGACAGACCUCUGAGGAAACAUGUUGGCAUCUCCUGUGACCAGAAGAAGCCCAACUAUGUUUUCCAACCAAUCAGGAAAAGAAUACGGGUGUCUUUUUUAUUUUAACACUAAGAACAGUGGGAAAAGAAUCUGCAGUGUUCAAAAAGAGAGGAAAACGGUAACUAGUUUGACGGAACUUGAAAUCAUUAAGACAACAUCUGUAGAAUUCUGGAGCUGAUUAACUCCUUCUCCAGCCUGGCACGUUAACCAUUGCUCAGAUGGGUUCGGCAGUCUACGCGGACUAAUCCGAGACCGGGUGCAGCCAGUCAACCUGCUGAGAAAGGCUCUUCCACGAAUGCAAGGGACAAAUAUUUGGCAAGAGGAUCUGGCUUCCUUUUGUGUUAGACGUGGGUCAUGUUAGCUAAUGCAUCAGCCAGGGUUCCCAGAGGAACCCGUUCUGCAGGAAGUAAAGGGCAUUCAAAGGCUGAUAGUGGGGAAGCCAACACGUGGGACUAUGGGUGUUUGGGACACUCCCUAGGUCAGCUUUCAGAAAUAAGCCGUGAAAGAUUUAAAAAACAAAUCCUUACAUACAGUUGCCCCACAGCUCUAAUCUUUGGAUGAAGAGGCCCGAGGGUACUCAGGUGAUAGAGUAAAUAUAUACAGAACAGAUCGAAUUCAGGUUGCUGGUGGAGGACAACAGUGGGACAUCUGGGCCUCUGGGCCCCUUCUUGGACAUCCGGUUGACCACAAUGAGAAAAAGGAUGUUGGACUAGGUGGGUCCAGCAAGGUUCUUCCAAGAGUUUUAGGUUCAGCACCUAAAUACGAGUGUUCCAGUAUGUUUGAAGGAAUUUUGAGUUAAGCUAUCAAAAUUCAUUUUACAAAAACCUAAAAGCCAUGUUAUCCCAGGGUCUUUGCACUCAUUGGCCAAACCAUUUGAAGGAAGUGGCAGGUAUAAUUUCUUAAUAAAAAAGCAAAGGAAAAGAGAACUAGACCUUCACGGAGAAGAGCGGAGAUUCCUCCUUUGAGUGACAGGCCUCUGCUUGGGGUGGAGGGACUAAGAUGGAUUUCUGGGCAUUAAACCUUCAUGCUUCCAAACUUUCCUUUUCCAAAAUCACUACAGGAGAAAAUAGAUUUUAAAUAUAUAUAUUUUUUAAAAAUUCCUUUUGUAUGUCACUUUUGAAAAGUCAGUGUGGGGUGGUUAUGGUGUUGGUGUCUGGAGAUCUGAGUUCAAAUCCCUACUUCACCAUAACUCUCUCUGGGGAUCCUUGGGUCAGUCACUGUCUCUUUCAGCCUAACCCACCUCACAGGGUUGUUGUGAGGAUAACACGGAGAAAAGGAGAACUGUGAGCAGCACUCCGUGAUCCUUCGAGGAAGGGUGGAGUAAAAAUGAGAUGAAUGGGUGAAGUGAGCAAGAAUGAAUUUUGUGAGGCAACUGCUGAAUUUUACCAGUCCACCUGAGCUAGAUUUUUUUUGUUCUUUGCUGUUUUGUUUUUUUGCCGCAGCUGAGCAAGGUUCAGAUUGAGUCACAGGUCAAGAGGGAGGUGGUGCCUAGACUAGCAUUCAGAUGGGGCUUACGUUAGUAAAAUCUAGUGAAAACCAAUGAAUCAAGCAUCGCCCUUCUGUGCAAUCAGCACCUGAUAUUUGACCUGGGAGCUUCCCCUAGCUGGGAAAUAAAAGGUGGCCACUGCCCAAACGUCACAGUUGACGACCUACGGCAAGCGUGGCCCACCUCUUUCCAGGAGGGCAACACCCCUGUCUGGAGCACAUGAUGAAGUUAAUGAUGGAACGCCUUCUAUGUGGUUCUUAGCAGAGGCGCAUGAGCAGAGAGACAAGAGCCAUCAAGUCAGGCUGGAAAUGAUGCGGGAGAGGGCAGAGGGGACAAAGCUGGGAAGACGCAAACAGGAAGAGAUGGGAAUGUGCGAUCUGAUCCAUUAAACCCAAUGGGCUGUUCAGGAUCAGGGGGGGGAUCCUAGUGCCCGGCCACAACAUUGUCUAGGGUAGCCAUUUCUGGCAGUUGCACCGGGUGAGCUUAUUUACCAGGAUCCCCAAAAGUUCUUUCCUUCUGAGUGGCUUCCCCUUUCCUAAAAGCCAUGUGCCCUUUUUAGAGUAUAUAGGCUUGGUUUGUUCUUCGAAUUCCUGUACAGCAACCUUGUGAUCGAGGUGUGGUAUUCAAAUUAUGACUUUCCAUAUUAGGAUUAGUAUGACGAUAAGGUGUCAUCUGCUCACUGCUGUUCUCUGAGCCCUCUCUUCCCAUUAGCCCCUUGCAGAAACUGAGGGAUAUAACACCCUUUCUACAUAAGGGAGGGGAUUCCCGGGCGUGUCAUCCGCACGGGUGGGUGCAGAGUGCUUUCUCUUGUGUUCGGGCUCCAAAACAAAACACAGGGAUUGUAGCUCUUUUGGAGGAGGUGCUGCCAGCCAAGUCCCCAGUGGUAGCUACCACCAAUGAGAGCCAACAUUGGGGUGUGAGGAAGGAUUUGGAUUCAGAAUCCGGGAAUAAACAUAGAGACAGAACAUACUUUCUGGUCUGAUUUGGCCAGGAUCAUGUAGAGGUUAGACUAGGAAGCGGGAAACCCAAGUUCAGUCAUGAAGCAUUCUAGGCGGCCUUGGACCUGUCACUCUCAGCCUAAUCUACCUCACAGGGUGGUUGUGAGGAUAAAGUGGAGAAGGAAGAACCAGGUAUGCCGCCCUGAGUUCCUUGGAGGAAGGGCAGGGGGGAAAUGUGGAUAGAGAUCUGCCUACUUUGGCAGGGCUCUCGGUAGCAGAGAGAGAGAGAGAGGUGGGUUGGUUUGGCCACGACCAGGGGCUUAGGCUGUUGUGGGAGGGGAAGGGUAUGGUCAUGCACUGUUGACACUGCACCUGCGUCUACAUAAUGCCCUCUGGUUGACCACUGUGGGGCAUUCAUGGGUGCUUUUCUAGAGACCAGGAAGCUCUCAGCAACGUGAUGUUUCAUGUGAGGUUUCCAACUUAGUUGAAUGAGGCCCUCUGUCCCUGAGACAUCUCUCCACCACUACCACCACCACCACCACCACCCUGUUUUGUUCAAACACCCAGUCGGAUGAGUUCUGGAGACCUUGAAAGCUUGCAUACUGUUUUGUGUUACUUUGGUUGGGUCUGUAAUAAAAGAGGUAUUGCACGGC